CUCAAAAUCAUCAACGCAGUUCUCCCCCGCAUGGGAACCAAGUCCAUGGCCUUGGCCUACCAAACCUUAGGUUUAGUGCACCACGCCCUCCUCGAGGAGACCUUUGACACGCCCUGGUCCCUCCUCGAAGAAGCGACAGAAGCAACCUGGCCUGGUGUCUACGGUGCACCCUCCCCCCCUCGUCCACCAUACACUCGGCAGGACUGGGAUUGCCUCUGGGGCAACGACUACGAUGUCGGUACCGAUCUGGCUGGUCCGUUUAUGCUGGAACUCAUCAAGGCCUACCCCGAGGCAAAAGUGGUUGUGAUACAGCGAGAUUUUGCACCGUGGUGGGAGAGCUUCAAAUAUCAGCUGUUUGAUGGCGUGACGGCGCAGCCGCGUGCGGCGAUCACGAAGUUUGUGUACUGGAACGUUUUCGGUGUCACGUCGGUGCAUGCAAUGAGCAAACUGUUCUUUGGGAUGCUGGGUGGACGGACAAAAGAGGAAUGCGAGAAGAAGGCAUAUGAGCGGUAUUAUGAAGAAGUUCGAAGGGCUGUGCCAGAGAGCAGGAGGCUCGAGUAUCAACUCAACCAUGGGUGGGGGCCUCUCUGUAAAUUUCUGGGGGUUGAAGUGCCAAACACGGAAUUUCCGCGAGUUAACUCGACAGAGGAGUUUCGACAGGACAUCAAGGCGAGGUUUUUGAGAAUUUGGAAUUGCAGCAAAAGCUGCAUUGCCGGUGAUUGUUGGGUUGGUCAUCGUUUUGCUGGCUUGGCUUGGUGUAAGGUACCUCUGACGGACUGCGUCUUGUGGUUCAUCGAUUCAGAACUGAAUGUAUAG